UAGUUACUUUAAAACUACACCAAUCACAAUCUGGGCGCUUCUGGUUUAGAAGAGUAGACACCUAACCAUGCAGCUAAUUCUUUUAUUUCUGACAAUUCUUGUGUUGGUUGAAUGCAAAACUACAAGGAAAAUCUACCCAUUUACAUACACUGACUGUGCACCAAGAUCAAGGAUUUCAAUCAAGAUUAAACCAAAUCCACCAAAUUUUUUGAAACCUUUGCAUGUUCAAUUAUCCGGAUUUGCAGCCUACAGUUUCAAUUCGCUCACUUAUAAUGUUGAUAUAUGGGGUGGGACUGGUCCUGAUAAAACAACCAGAAUAUAUAAAUUUAUUGGUAGCCCAUGUGUUAUAAAAGGUUUUAGCUGCAAAGGGAAAGUUGGAGAAAAAUUUGUUUACUCCAGAGUCAGGCUAUUAGAUGCUCUUCCACGAAAAUUGACAUUUUACAAUGCAACCGCAACCAUUGUAAAUGAAAAUCGGGAAAUGGAACUUUGUGUUAAAAUGGAAGGUUCUGUUGUAUAAGAACUUUGUGUAAAAUUUUUGUAAAGUAUGUGCAAAAUUUGCGAAAACAACCUCUGUGAAAUUGAAACGAAUUAUUAUUUUUCGUUGAUAAGUCAAUAUAUAUUCAAUCUGUGCCCGCUUACCAGUUACUAUUUACUUACUUUUGUGUAUAAUAGUUUUAUUUAUUUUUUUCCAGUGUAAAAUUUUGACAACCAUUAGUGACCACUGGGUCGAAGCAAUGUCAUGUCAUACCCACACACUUACAUUUCCACAAUAGUGGCAGUCUGGAACCUAGUAUUACUUUGUUUAAAUUGCGCCUUAUUACAACAGUGUUAUCCCAUUUAUUACACUAUUUUGUCUUGUACAGUGACCCAUGUACUAUUUAGUGCUUCUAAAAAAAUCUACUGCUUCUAAAAAACAUUCUGUGGUUUCUUUAUGUGAAACCCUCUGCCCUAUUUCAGAGGUUUACAAUAAUAAACUUAUCAUAAUGGUUGAA